GCAAUAAUUAUGCCACUGCCAAGACGUAACUGAGACAUGAGAAAUCAUUAGAAAGAAAGACCGACUGUAUGAAAAGUAAGCUUUCUAAAUAAUUCCGACGUUUUAUUUUGAUUCCUCCCCCUUGAAGACUGAACUUCCAACAAACUCCCUCUGAAUCUGACAGACUGACGUAAAGCAAGUUCAGUAACGCUGACCGACACACCACGAGCGCUGUGUGGAUGCCACGAGGGGACGCUUGUGGAUUCUACCUGUAGCAAACAACAUUUCUUGUUUCAAUGCAUUUCUCUCAGGAAUAUAGUAAUGUGGAGACUCCUGUCGUGGAUUUUUUUGACUGCCAGUUUGCACCAGGCCAGUUCCCACAACUCCACAGACUCUCCUCUUGUGACCACAGAUUUGGACCCUUAUAACCGAAAUCGAUACUGCAAAUGGCCUUGUAAGUGCCCUAAGAAUGCCCCUGUUUGCCCACAUGGGGUCAGCCUGUUGACCGAUGGAUGUGACUGCUGCAAGGCCUGUGCCAAGCAGGUGGGGGAGACCUGUAAUGAGAGAGAUACCUGUGACUAUCAUAAAGGACUUUACUGUGACUACAGUGCUGACAAGCCGAGGUACGAAAAGGGAGUGUGUGCAUAUGUUAUGGGAACAGGCUGUGAGUAUAAAGGUGUGAUUUACCGUAAUGGCCAAAGCUUCCAACCCAAUUGUAAGUACCGCUGUCUGUGUGUGAAUGGGGCGAUUGGAUGUGUGUCACUUUGCACCGAGUCCCUACCGCCCCGGGUCUGGUGUCAGUCGCCCAAACGAGUGAAGAUCCCAGGCCAGUGUUGUGAGAAAUGGAUCUGCGAAGAGUCCCGUAAACCACGCAAGACCAACCCCAGACACGCUCCUGAGGACGUGUCCCUCACAACUAAUGAUUUUUGGCAUAAAAAUUGCAUUACCCAGACUACCCCAUGGAGUCCCUGCUCAAAGACCUGUGGGCGGGGCAUAUCACAGCGCAUCACUAAUGACAACCCUGGCUGUGUGAUGGAGAAAGAGUCUCGACUGUGUAACCUCCGACCCUGUGAGGUGGACAUCACAAAGCACUUUAGACCAGGUAAAAAAUGCCUGAACAUCUACCGUGAACCAGAGUUUCAGAACUUCACCAUCUCAGGCUGUGUCAGUAAGAAAGCGUAUUGGCCCAAGUACUGUGGAGUCUGUACCGAUGAGCGCUGCUGCAUCCCAUACAAGUCUAAGACCAUCGAGGUGGAGUUUGAGUGUCCAAAUGGUUCAGUUUUUUUCUGGAAAUACAUGUGGAUCAACGCCUGCUUUUGCAACCUCUCCUGCAGGAAUCCAAAUGAUAUCUUUGCAGAUCUGGAGCAGUACUAUGAGGUCAAUGAGAUUGUUAACUAACUUAUUCACCACAAUCUCUUUUUAUGGCAUCCUUAGGCUCACGUUUGUAGGAAUGCUGUAUAGCACAGAAAGGAAUCAUUCACUGUUGAUGAGAAAUCAUUUCAGAUGAUUUAUGAAUGCACAUCAGCACAGUUACUCAUAUUGAGAUGGCUUGUGAGGGGCUCAGUGUUAGUUCAGACUGAAAGACUUUAUGGUACAACAAGAUUUCUGAUGGAUGGAUGGGGACAAAUAAUAAGAAAAUGUUACAUUUAAGAUGUUGACUUCCCAUUACAGAUCUGAAGUUCAAAAAAUAGUUUUUAUAGUUUACAAAUAUAUAUAAAAAAAUAUCGCCUGGCUUCAAUGAUAAAAGGAAUUUUUU